CCUAAAGACGCAGAUCUGUUUCUCUGCUGUUAUGGGAACUGAAGUGUUUAAAGGCGACUUAGAUUCCAACUGUUGGCCUUCGGAUAUGGCCUAUGACCAGUGGAUAGCACUUCCUAUAUCUGGCUCACGCCCGUCAGCUCGCUACAAGCAUGCGGCAAUAGUGGCUGAUGAGAAGUUGUAUAUUGCUGGGGGAAGUCGUAAUGGUCGACACCUCUCUGAUAUUCAGGUUUUUGAUCUUAGAACUUUGGUAUGGUCUGCAUUGAAACUUAAUAUGGAUCCAAAUCCUGAUAAUCUGGAAGACAGUAGAUCACAGGCAAUCCUGCCUGCUACCUCUGGUCACAGUCUGGUGAAGUGGGAAAACAAACUUCUUGUUGUUGCUGGGCAUUCAAAGGAAUCUUCAGACUACGUAACAGUGUGGUCAAUUGAUCUGGAAACCCAACAAUGUUCUAUUGUGAAGACAUCUGGAAAAGUUCCGAUUUCUCGUGGGGGGCAGUCUGUAUCACUCUCUGGCUUUAGAUUGAUCAUGUUUGGUGGAGAGGACACCAGCAGGAAGCUGCUGAAUGAUAUCCAUAUUCUUGAUCUGAAGACAAUGACAUGGGAUUAUGUGGAAACAAUGAAGACACCUCCCGCACCAAGAUUUGAUCACACAGCUGCACUGCAUGCAGAACGCUACCUUCUAAUUUUUGGCGGUUGUUCUCAUUCGACCUGCUUCAAUGAUCUCCAUGUGUUGGAUUUGCAGACUGUGGAAUGGUCUCAACCACAAAUUCAGGGUGACUUGGUGACUCCAAGGGCUGGUCAUGCUGGUAUCACUGUGGACGAGAACUGGUAUAUAGUUGGUGGUGGAGAUAAUAAAAGUGGUGCAUCUGAAACCCUCGUGCUAAAUAUGCCUAAGCUUGUGUGGUCAGUGUUGAAAAGAGUAAAUGAACGUGAUCCACUUGCCAGUGAGGGUCUCAGUCUUUGUUCCGCAUUAGUAGAUGGAGAGAAUUAUCUGAUUGCCUUUGGAGGCUACAAUGGAAAGUAUAACAAUGAGGUAUUUGUGCUGAGACCCAAACCAAGAGACUCUGCACGCCCUAAGAUUUUUCAGUCACCGGCAGCAGCUGCAGCUGCAGCUUCUGUUAGUGCUGCAUAUGCUUUGGCGACCAAAACUGAGAAGAAGCCAAAUUUCACGAGUACAGAAGAUUCCAAUUUCCAGCCAGUGCAAAUAAAGAGCCCUCUACAGGACUUCACAGUAGAAAUUAAUUCAAUUACUGCAGAGAAAAAGACACUGGAAUCAUCACUCACAGAAGUGAAAACAGAGAAUUCAAGGCUCAAAGGAGAUCUAGAGGAAAUGAACAAUAACCUUUCUGAGUUAUCAAAGGAACUCCAUUCCGUCCAAGGUCAACUGAUGGCUGAGAGAUCAAGAUGUUCCAAACUUGAGACACAAAUUGAAGAACUACAGAAGAUGCUGGAGUCACUGCAGUCUAUAGAGGAUGAGGUACGCAUUCUUCAAAACCAAAAAUUUGCUUUGGAACGAGACAUGGAGCUCGCAUCUGCUCGGACCCACGAGAGACAAAAUUCAGGUGGUAUUUGGCAGUGGAUUGCUGGUGAUGCACGCAACCCAUGACAAUUCAAAGGUUAGAUCCUAGAAAUGAGAGUAAAGCAGCAAGGGGACAGCAAGUUGCAAGCAGCAUAUUUUAUCUCCUAUAGCAAAAUGAGAGGAAUCUGAAACAGUGCCUAUCAAUU